AUGCAGCAAAUAAAUUAUGAUGAAGCUCUCCUAACCUUUUAAUGCUAGCGAAAACAUUUAGUUAUUGAUUCUAAAUACAAUUUAUACUUAUUUCCUCAAACUUUAAUUCUUACAAGCGUAAUUAUUAAAAAUUUUCAUAGAAUCCAAAAUAACAAAACCCUAAGUAUAUAGUAUAACUAAGCUUAACAUCUAAGAUUUAUUGGAUAACAAAGUCCAAAACUCCAAUUCUUGAAUAGUUUGGAUUCCUUUACAAGGAUAAAAUAAAAUAUUUUUCUGCCACAACUAAGGAAUUGUAAAAACUUAAAGAUUUAAUACAAUGUAAAAUUAUGUAAAAAGAUAUAAACGAUUUCUAUACUUCCAAGUCUCUAUUAGGAAUAGGAGUUACUUCUAAAGUAUUGUUUUCAUUUAUUUCAGGUUUAUUUAGUGACUAAAAAAGAUGAUUAAUCUCAAUUUGCAUCUAAAUGUGUUGACAAGAAAAUUUUAUAGAAAGAUGGAAGAUAUGUAAUUAAUAUAUAUUUAAUUAAAAGGAUGCUUAGUUCAAUGAAAUUUAAUUAAUGUAAAAGCUCAAACAUGAUAAUAUUAUACAAUUAAUUGAUCUUUAUGAAGGAGAAAACACAUUUUAUUUAAUUCUAGAAUAUUUGGAAGGAAAAAGUUUGCAUGAAUUACUACUUAUUUAAAAAUAAUCAAUUUUUGAAUAAGAAAUAAUAUAAUAAAUAAUGAAGGUAAUAGUGUUUUAAAUUGAAGUUAAUACUCUAAGCUAUUGAUUAUAUGCAUUCUCAGGGAAUUAUGCAUAGGGAUUUGAAGCCAGAAAAUAUUAUGUUUAAAUAACAUAAUUAACUAUAAUCUCUAAAAAUAGUUGAUUUUGGUUUAGCCACUCUAUAAAAUUUAGAUGUCUAUCAUUUCCCUAGAUGUGGUACCCCUGGAUAUGUUGCACCAGAAAUUGCUAAUUUAGAAGAUUUAUCAUAAAAAUAUUCAGUUCUUUGUGAUGAAUUUAGUGUAGGCUGCAUUUUUUAUAAACUGUAUUCAAUUUAAUUAUUUGAAGAUGUACAGGAAAUGAACUCUUUCCUGGAAAUGAUUACCCUGUAAUUAUGAAACUAAAUUAAAAAUGUGACAUUGUAUUAGAUGCACUAAACAUAUAUCAAACGCCACCAGAAGCUAUAGAUUUAAUAUCAAAAUUACUAAAAGUAAAUCCAUAAGAAAGAAUUUGUGCUAAAGAUGCUUUAUAGCAUCCAUAUUUCUAAUUAUAAUACUAAGCUUAAAAUCCUCUAUUCUCAUAAUCUCAUUUUUCAUAAUAGAUUCCUAAAUUUCAAGCUUAAAAUUUCAAUAACAAAAUAAUUAAUGAUUUUUAAUAAAAUUUUGAAGAAGAAAUUGUUGAAAAUGAAAAUACUAAAUAGUUAAGCAUACCUGCGAUUUCAAUUAUUAAAUCAUUUGGAUAUUAAUAAAAACAUUCUUAUUCAACUUAGCAUCCCCAAACUCAAAAAAAUAUCAAAAAAUAUUAAACCCAAGAUUUUGAUUAGAAUAAUGAGAUAAAUUCUCCAAAAUUUAAUAAUAUCAAACCAUCUUUAGUCAUGAAUUCUGAAAAGUUUGUUAAAUCUUCAGAUUUUUAGAAUACAGCGAAAACAUUUAAAAAUAAUUUAGUAGAUAAGGGUUGUGCUUCUGAGGCAAUUAAUUAUAUACAUAAAAUAGAAGAGGAACAAGAUGAAGAAUAAGCAAUGUAGAAAUGA